CAAUCGUGACAGCCGUAAUAACAAAUACCUAUACGAAAACAUUCUAAAAUUCAUAAUAAUACCCACAUUUAAAUGGUGGUUUUCACUUGUAGCUUUCAGUUCAUACAAACCAUAGUUAUGUAUUUCUAAGGAUAACAGCUCUAUUUCAUGAAUAUGACGAAUAAUCAAAUUAGAUGUGGUUGGUUAAAUGAAGACCCUAUUUACAUAUAUUAUCACGAUUUAGAAUGGGGUAGACCAGAGUAUGAUACUAUCCGCCUGUUUGAAUUAAUUUGCCUUGAAGGACAACAGGCUGGUCUUUCAUGGAUAACAAUUUUGAAAAAAAGGGACAGCUAUCGCAAACUCUUUUGUAAUUUUGAUCCUCAUGAAAUUAUAAAGUUAAAUUUAAAUUACAUUGAGUCUCUACAGAAUAAUCCUGAAAUUGUAAGACAUAAAGGUAAAAUUCAAUCAAUAAUUAACAAUGCUCAAUGCUUUAUCAAAAUGAAAAACAAUGGAGAAGACUUCUCUACAUUAGUAUGGAGUUCUGUGAAUAAUAAAACUAUUGUUAAUAAUUGGAAAAAUGAAAGGGAAGUCCCAACACAAACAAAAGAAUCUAUUGCUCUUUCUAAAGCACUAAAAAAGCUUGGGUUUACAUAUGUGGGCCCAACAAUAUGUUAUGCAUUCAUGCAAGCUUCUGGUUUAGUGAAUGAUCAUGUUAUCGACUGUUUCUGUAGGAAAUCAUUAAUAUCCUAAAUACAUAUUAUAAUAAUAAACGUUUGAAAUACAUUUUUUAGGCAAAACCACAACUAGCUUUAUAUGUAUGUCCUAAUUACUGUAUUAAAAUAAAUGUUAA